AUUCUUGUCGAGAGAUCAUCUGGGAUCAUCUGGGAUCAUCUGAAAUCAUCUGAAAUCAUCUCUUCUUCAGCAUUCCGUUUACAAAUCUGGAGGAGCGACACACACGUCGUAUUCUCCAACGAUCGUGACUCGCACUUAUGCGAACGUGGUGCCGCGUCGCGCCGUCGCCGCCACCGCAUUCCGCGAGCACGACUGCGUGGAGCCGCUGCCGUCGCCGCCGUCGGCUGCGGCAGUCACCGUUCGCACGCGCGUCGUGACGUAUCGUCGCCAUUUCGACCGGGACAGCGACGACGACGACGACGACGACGACGUGGACGAGGACGAGGACGCUGGCACGACGCUGACGCUGGCGCUGGCACGCGAGCGGCGAUGAAGGAGAGCUGAGCGCGGCUCGCCGUCGUACAUACGCCGGGCACACGAGCAACAUGUGCGAUAAUAAUAAAUGCCGAAUGGGAUCUCGAUAUCGGACAAAUUUGGAGCAAUGAUGAGCGGUUCGCGGCUUGGCAGAGGCCGAGGUGGCCGCCUGGCUUUGUACGGGGGCUGCGCAGUGGCGGUUAUCUUGACGAUGAUCGUGUACCGCAACACCAUCUCAGAGAUGACCAGACUUCAAGAAAUGCAAGUACAAUGUCUUCAUCAGCAAGAAUCUCUCGCUGCUCAACUACAAGUAAUAUUUGAGUACAAAGUACGGCUGGAGAAGUCUCUGGCCGAAGAAAAGAGCUCGAACGCCGCGGUGAAACAAGAGUUGCAGCAACGCGCGUCGCGAGAGAAGUCUCUGCGUGACAAGGACAGCAUAGAGGCGAUGCAGAGGUUUAAUUCGCUUCAGCAGACCUAUAAGCUCCUGCAGACUGAGCAUCAGGACCUGCAGGAAGAAUGUAAGAAGCGUGAGAAACAGACGCUAGAUGAGACUAGCAGACUGGAAUCAACGCUGCAGGACUUGCGCGCUCGCAUCCGGCAGGCUCAGGAAGACAAGUCCAAAGCUCUGGAGCACUUGAAGACCAAGUAUCUGGAAAUAGUUGACGAGAAGACCCGGCUGCAAGAAAAGUACAACGAACUGAUAAAUAAUAGAGACAAUACCGGUAGUACCGUCGAUCAUCUCAGAAAGGAGAUUUUCCAGCUUAGACGCGAAUUGGAGAGCGCCAAGAAUUUCUAUGCUAGAAGUACACCUCCUAGUUUAGUGUUGAUGACUCCUCGAGCGUCAGUGUCACAAUCGGCGCUGCCUAAGGAAGACUCACAACCGAUCCCGGCGCCGCAACAGCAACAGCAGAGUAUGGUGAGCUCACGCAAAGCGGAAAAUACCACUGUAGCGAACAACGCCAAUCUGGUAUCACCGUCUCUUAUCGACAAACCCGCGCCGCUACCGGCCAGACUACCGUCGAAGGUCAAAGUGCCGGUCGGCGUAUUGCCAAUACCGGAAAUCAUUGAGCAGAAGGUCAUUGAUGACAUGGAUAAAAAGAAGGAAGAGAUUCGAGAUGAUGCGUCGGCAGUGGUUCGCAACAAUUUACAANNACCGCUGCCAAAACUCGCUCCGGCGAAUGCGGUGGCUGACAAGGAAGAAAAGGAGCCGAUAGUUGAAGCUGGCAACUUGGAUCCACCAUUCAUUGUGAAUCCUCCUGCGCGACACGUUGGCGAACAGCUCGAGAGGAGAGCAAAAGAUUCUUGGUUGAGGGUGGGACCUGGGGUACAAGAGGUCGGCGACGAACUCAAUCGAGUUCCUGGAUUGGAUGAUGGGCAAGCCAACGGUGGUGACGAUCAAUAUGAUGGUGCCGAUUAUGACAAGGAGUCGCAGCAAAAGAACGAUAUUCAUCUUGCGGGUGAGGACGAGGGGGAAGACGAAGGCGACAUGCUUGAAGGCGAAUAUCCGAAUAAUUUGAAGCAAGGAAAGCGGGAAUAAAAUCAGCGUCGUCACGCAAAUGUUUUUUAACACUACUAGCAGCCGAGUGGCACAAGAGGAAUCGACUGAAAAAUAGUUAAAUGACCUGAUCUGACCUGACCUGACCGAUAUUCAUGAUCGUUCGGGUUUAAUCAGCGAAAAAUACUUAUUGUGUAUUAUAAUCUAUACAAAUCAUUCGGCGUGCGUGCGUGCGUGUGUGUGUGUGUGUGUGUGUGCGCGCGCGUGCGUGUGCGUG